CGUCACUUACUUUCAGAAGUUGCCACGCAUACACAUACAGCAGCAUGAUGUGGAGGAUAGUAAGCUGCACAAUGUGGCUCUUUGUGUCUGCACAGCUCUCUUUGCUGUGUGUUUGGGCCGCAGAAUCUGAACCGGACGACCAGGUCAAGAUUGAAGUUUUGUUCAAGCCCGAGGAGUGCAGCCAGAAGAGCAAAAGAGGAGAUCUAGUAAACGUCCACUACGAUGGAUACCUGGCCAAAGAUGGGUCUCAGUUCUACUGCAGUCGAUCAGACAAAACUGGGCACCCUCAGUGGUUUGUGCAUGGUGUCGGACAAGUCAUCAAGGGCCUUGAUUUGGGGAUGGUAGAGAUGUGUCCUGGAGAAAAGCGAAAAAUAACUGUUCCUCCCGCCCUGGCCUUUGGAGAAAAGGGGAAAGAUCCAGUGCCGCCCAACGCCACGGUGGUGUUUGAGGUGGAGGUCUACUCUGUGUCCAGGGGACCUCGCAGCAUGGAGGCCUUCAAACAGAUGGACCUGGAUCAGGACAGAAGUCUCACCAAGGCUGAGGUGAAGGAAUACUUGAAACUGGAGUAUGAAAAAGGCGGCAAGCCCCGUGACGACGCUUUCUAUGAGAAGAUUAUGGCGGAUAUUUUCCGCAAGAGCGACAAAGACAGUGACGGACACAUCAGCUCCAAGGAGUAUAAUAUAUAUGAACAUGAUGAGCUCUAGAAAUAGAUCUAGGUCAUUAUUUAGUUCAUGUCCUUCCAACAGUUAGAUAGAUAACACUGAUAAGCAAAGAAAUCCACCCUCAGAUGUUGUUUUUACUAUGAAAAUAUUGACCCAAGUUGCAAUUUUAUCCGUUUGGGUGGAUUUUUAAUACUAAGUAUUAAACUAUGCAAGCAUAUAUCCAGCACAUGUGAAAACUUCUGUGCAAAUACCACUAAAUUUUAACACUUAAAUGUAUUUCUGUCGUUAAGUUUUUUUGUCUUUAAAUUUGUAGCUGAAAGAGGGAAACCACAAGAUUACACAAUGUUGUGGAGCCACUGGCUCUAAAACUGUAACAUGAAUGUCACAGACAAGAGGGAAGAACUUAUAGGGAUAGUUUGGAUAUAUUUGAAGUGGGGUUGUAUGCCAGUAAGCCUUAAUCUAAGCUCUUGGCAAAGCCACCAGACUCCAUUGACAAAAACAGUAAUUUUACCUCACAGAACACAAGAGUUGCCGGCUGCUGCUGCCUCCAUCAGUUAGUGAGUUCGUGUUAGCGUGUGACUUACGUGUUUUAAAGGAUAACUUUGGAUUCACCAAAGUCACACGAUAACACAAACAAACUAAACGUCCCAGGUUGUGGUGUAUCAGAUGAUGCUGUGUUCUCUGAGGUAAAUUAUUUUUUUUGUUAAUGGAGUCUGGUGGCUUCAAAGAGAGUAUAAAUAAUGGCUUUAACGCUUUAUCAGGCGAA